CAAAAGAGCUUCCUUGGACACUGGCUUGUGCCUUGUGCCUUGCCUUGGACACCGCCUAAACCAAGAACAGCUCCACGAACACAAAACCAAAACAACCAACAAAACAUCACACCUCCAAGACAACCCCCCUCGUUUCUAUUACAAACAACAAUUGACAACGAUUCGAUCCCAUGAUGGUCAAGUCUUCCAAUCCCAACACUCUGCGGUUUCUGUUUGGAUCUCUGGUGGUUCUUUCUGUACCCUACAUUUAUGUGACAGUCAAGACGGCAUCGGAAGCCAGCUUGAACGAAAUGGCGGCCAUUGUAGAUUCUCCCAGGUUGCUCUUGCAAACAACAACCUCAUCAUCCUCCCGUGCAGAUCCAAAAAUAGUCACAACAGCAGCUUCAGUAGUUGAGCCCGCUUGCGACAAUUUUUUCACCGUCUUGGCCAGUGCCUGGAUUCCCAGCGAAGGCAAUUGUUCCGAUGUCUACAAGAAAUAUCACGAUUUGAUUUUGGAACACGAUGCCUCCAUGGCACGCAUGAACAAGAAAUUGACCAUUUUCACCACUUGGUCGCCCGAAGAACUCCAACAGGGCUGCGGCGUGUUGGACAACUAUGUGACCAACUUGACGGGCCACGUCCAAUUGCAACAAUUCGAUCCAGAACCACUCUUGCUCAAACACGGCUUUACCGAUCAACACAUUGAUUGGAUGAAACACUGGAAAGAUGUUGCUCCACGAUUCCAUCAUGCCGUCACACGGUUAUCCGAUGUCUUUCGCAUUGUCUUGCAACGAGAAUUCGCCAUGGCAUAUGCCGAUUUGGAUCUCGUGUACCUGUUGGAUGAUCCACGCGUCUAUCUCACGGUCCCUAAUGUGGCCGUGCCGAUUUGGAGUGAAGAAAAGGGAGCCUUUGAAAUUCAAAACAGUGCCUUUUGCUUUUCCCAACCCCAACUCGACCGCCUCAUUGGCAAUGUCAAGGCAUUAAUGAAUUCCAAGGGAGAAACGCAGAAAACCAAAAACAGUUACAUGUACACGGCAUUUGGACCCAAUCUAUUCCAACAUUCCCUGCAGGGUAUGCAAACGCUGGGGCCCAUUCAACUGUAUUACACGCAUUCCGAUGAUCAUUGGAAACCACAAGAUGUGGCAGGAUUGUCCAAGGCAUACGGAGGAUUUGUCUGGUUGCAUCUAGACGCAUCCAAUAGAAGACGGAACUGGUACCAGAAUAAAAAACGAACGUACACCAUGCUGGUGGACGAAUUGAAGAGCAAGAUACAAAUUUCAGAGCUGGAGCAAGUACUGCCAGCUUUCGUUCUGCAAGCUGACAAACACCAAACACAACAAUAGAAAAGCAAAAAGGGCGAAAUGAUGUGGCGUGGCGUAACAUGCCUGUGGAACAACACAACAACAACCAAAACGACGGCUCCAAGUUACUCAGCAUUACAAUUAUCUAUCUAUUUUCGUUGGAUUUGAGCAUCUACUGCCUCUGCCAGAAUCUGCCGCUUGCCCUCUGGUUUCAGAGUGUACCAUACAACACAAACAUAUCCAAAUUCUAUUUUUCCGAACGAAAAGUUGCGCCAUGCCAGCCAAGCUGCGGGACUCCUUGCGCUUUGCCAGAGUUUCAAUGCGCAAAUCCUUCCUUGACCUGCUGUCCCUUGCUUCGCCCUCUUGUUCUAGCUCUUGUGCUAGCUCUUGUUCUCUUUUCUGCGCCUUUCUCUCCUGCCUCGUCAUUGCCUGCUUCUGCUCCGCAUUCAACUCGGCAGGACAUUUCGUUCUCUGCUCCUUCUCCACGACCUUCUUUUCGAUCCUUUCCGUUCGGUCCUUUUCUUCCUUCUUCCUCUGUUCUUGCCUCCGCGCCCUUAACUUGCUUUGGCGCCCCAUCACAUCAACGCACAACUCAACGUGCCGGUAUGGAAGAGACGAAUGGAAGAAGGGAUACAGAGCUCGUUGCUUGUCUGGUUGUCUCCUCUGAAGGCUCUUCGAAAAACGUUGGCUGCCCACCCAGUCACCUUCUCCCAAAAACCUGCCUGAGAUCUGUUCUACCGUCCAGGAUCAUUCAUUUUCAAGGUCUUGUUCGCUCCCGCUGACAGUACGACUGGACAGUACCGGUACCGUAGAGAAAGGGGGUGCCCUAUGUACAUGUUAUGUAUGCUAGAUCUGGUUGACUACUUUUGGAUUUUGUUUGUGUGAACU